UCACAGCAGAUCCGUUCGGAGGGCUGGAGAAACUUCAUCGAGGCGUUCAUCACUAACCGGAGUGUUUUACGUCGGUUUCACUAGUCGGAUUGUGAACACUCCUCACACCAUCUGCGGCACUCUCCUCGAAACAGCUCGGAUUGUUUGACUUCAUUUCGCCUCGCAGCCCUCCUCAACAAAAAACACUCCGUGCCGAGGACACACAGUCAGUGAGAGACCAAACGUUACUCUCCUCCUCCACCAUCCCUGUCUCUCUUCCCUUUUCUUCACCCUUCCCUUGCACCCCUCCAGAUUGACUGGAACGUUGGGUCGCGGACCUAGUGCGACCAGCAUCGCGCGCGGACCCCUCUGCACUGCAGGUGUUCUUUUCCUCCCGUCUUCUUCUGUGAGCGCGCGUCGUGGUGGCUAGGCAAGCCAUGAUGGAGCCAUCCACGGUUUCCACGGCGGAGUUCUAUUAUUCAGUCAUCCCUCUCAAUGUGACUUUCCAUGAUGAGGACGCCCAGAGCAACAUGUCCAACGGGAGCAACUACACGGAGCAGAGCACGGCGAGGAGCGCCACAGGCAUCAUUAUUGCCAUCUCAGUAACGGCUCUAUACUCGGUGAUCUGCGUGGUGGGGCUACUGGGAAACAUACUGGUCAUGUACGGGGUGGUGAGGUAUACCAAGAUGAAGACAGCCACCAACAUCUACAUUUUCAACCUUGCUCUGGCAGAUGCCCUGGCAACCAGUACGCUGCCCUUCCAGAGUGCCAAGUACUUGAUGAACACCUGGCCAUUUGGAGAGCUCAUCUGCAAAGUGGUUAUCGCUAUUGACUACUACAACAUGUUUACAAGCAUUUUCACACUCACCAUGAUGAGCGUGGACCGCUACAUUGCUGUCUGCCACCCUGUGCGUGCUCUCGACUUCCGCACACCCAUUAAGGCCAAAAUCAUCAAUGUUUGUGUAUGGAUUCUCUCUUCUGCUGUUGGUGUGCCCAUCAUGAUCAUGGCAAUCACCAAGGUGAAUGAUAAAGGUAAAACUGUUUGCACAUUGAAGUUCCCAGAUCCAGACUGGUACUGGGACACUGUCACGAAAAUCUGUGUUUUCAUCUUUGCUUUUGUGGUUCCCGUUCUUGUCAUCACCAUCUGCUAUGGUUUAAUGAUCCUGCGUUUGAAGAGUGUUCGGCUACUCUCGGGAUCCAAGGAAAAGGACAAGAACUUACGCCGAAUCACCCGCAUGGUGCUGGUAGUAGUGGCAGCCUUUAUCGUCUGUUGGACACCCAUCCACAUCUUCAUUAUUGUGAAGACCCUAGUUGAGGUUGACCAAAAGAACCCCUUUGUGAUCGCCAGCUGGCACCUGUGUAUUGCUCUGGGCUAUACCAAUAGCAGCCUCAAUCCUGUCCUCUAUGCCUUCCUGGAUGAGAAUUUCAAGCGGUGCUUCCGUGACUUCUGUCUGCCUUUCCGGUCUCGUAUAGAGCAGAACAGCUUCUCCAGGGCAAGGAACAUGACCCGAGAGCCUGUAUCUGUCUGUGCUCCUUCAGAAGCAGGGAAGAAACCUGUAUGACUAGACAUGGACCAGAUGCCCCAUGGAUCCCGUUCUAUGAGGGUUCAGCAAGACCUACAGUCUGAAGUUACCCAGAUCUCCACCACCGAGUUCUGACACUCUACACGGUAAUGGUUGAUGACUGCAGUAGGAUUUUGCUGAAGGAUGAUUUACCAUCACUGUCUACUAUACUAAUCUGAUAAUUGCUAAGCACGUUGGCAUCUUGCAUUUCUGGAGGUUUGAAACCUCUAGAAAACACUUAAUUGCAGAAUAUACUCAAUUUGAUCAACGUUUUGAUGUCACAUGCAGGCAUUUUUAGUUAAUGUGUAGAUGUGGGAGAACUGAAAUGGAUUAAUAGGGCAAAUGGUCUAGACAGACUGUUAAUCAUUUGGGUACAUUUGGAUAAUAUACAUUUGAAUACCAUACAGAAAAUGAAUCCACACAAUGUCUUUACUUUAAAGAUAUGUGAAUGUGAAUAUGGAAAAUUAUAAACAGGGUAAAAGAUUAAAUACUUAUAAACAAGCAGGAGUUCUCAUUGCUUGAUGGAGCAUGAUAAAUUAAGGCAGUGGACAGCUAAUGGACACCUUCUUGGGGAUGAGUGCCAGAUCCUUCUGGUUUCUUUUGUCCAGACCAUCUUGACUAAUGAAAUCCAUCUCUGGACAUUUGGAGCAAGAGAUGUGCUAGCAGAAAAAUAGUCCUUGAAACUCUGGAAGAAAAGUUUUCCAAUUUUUGAGAUGUCAGUCCAACUCAAGGCGUAAUCCACAGGUCUAAUAACAUAUGAAUGGCAUAACAGACAACUAAUUUUCCGGAACUUUACUAUAUGAAAAAAGAUGGACAUUUCCUUUCAAGCAGAACAAAGAAGAAAAGGAAAAGUUUAAAUGAAACAAAAACUUCAGGCCACAUCCAGGCAAUGAAAUUGUAAUUAUCAGCGUGUGUGAUUAUCUGAAAUGCUGAGCAGUUACUGCCUUGCUUCUUGACCGUUAUCUGGCUAACAAAAGCUAAAGGUCAUCAUUGUUUUAUUUUCAAUACAAGACUCUGUCAGAACAGCCAGAAAUACUGUUUUCCUUUAAAAGCAUUGACAAAGAGACUGACAUUCAUAUAGCAAAUGAUGAUGGUCUCUGACCAGAAACUGAAUACAAAUCUGUUUUGCAGUCCCAGGAUUCCUAUUUUCUAUGGAAAAGGGGGUGGUAAGUUACAAGUUAAGAUACUCAGUCCUGACAGUAUGCAUUAUUCUUUUCAAAAUGAAACAGGCAUUGUGAACACUGACAACUUACAAUGCAGAACAGUACAGCAAUGCUUUGGAGAUCAUCUCACCUAUAUCAUCCAUGACUGCUCAGUAGAAGAAACUUUUACUUUCCUUAACAAAAGGAUGAGCUUCGCAGAGCAUGGUGCCAUGGAGUGAUGCUACUAUCAUGAUGAAAGUGAACUGACGAUGUCUUACCUGAAAUCUCUGAUAUAUAGGGAAAAUGGACAAUUGUCAAAUUUUAGAGGAAUGUAAAAAUGUCCAAGAAUACAGAAAAAGGCCAUGCAUAACCUACAUAAACACAAGAACGGGUUUUUCCAAUUACACCAAAUGUAGACUUUGAGUUAUCCUUGUGCGUGGGUUGUAUCCACUGUUUGCCCUCAGAUGAAUUUUCAGGUUUCUGAAAAAUCGAAAUUACUUUUCAUGGGAUGACUUGUAAUCAUGCUAUGACAAGCCUGAAGUUAAACUCAAGCCAAACAUGAGAAACAGUGGUAAUGUUUGCCAUUUAGUAUCACCUUCAUCUGAUUGUUCUAAGACUGAUUAAUAUACAGAGAUAUAACCCAAAUAUAUUCUGUGUGGAUAGGUGCUGCUAACAUCCAUUUUUCACUAAUUCAGUUGUUUAAAAUACAGCUUCAGGUUUUCGUCUGUAUGUAAUCAGAGAUGUUGAUACCUUGGGGAGCAGCACUAGUCAACAUAUUAAUCCCACAGUGUAAAUGGAUGUCUAACUUGAUGUCUCAGAUGAAAACUGCUUUCUGAACUGUAGACACGGGAAGACAGCGUACGUAAACAGCACUGUUAUGUUAAUGUAUCGGGCAAAGUGCCAAAAUGUCUGUUUACAUGAAUCCACUCAUUUUGUUGUAAAUAAAAAAUAUUAUUUUUAGUGGUACAAGGGAUCUAGUCUAAAAUUUUGAUGUAAUUUUCUUUACAGAUAUUAGAAAAGGCCAAUAUACUUAAAUAGACAAUUUAUAAUAUACAGAUUUUAAUUUGUUUUGUUCUCUUGCCUCCGUUCCUAACGGCUGUCUAUAUUAGAAAGGUGUAUUUGUUCUUUUUCACACAUUUUCUUAAGAUGUACAGUAGGCUUUAGGGCAAAAAAGCAUAGACUGGCAUUCUGAAGCAUUGCUACAUUUACAUUUAUUAUUCAUUUAGCAGACACUUUUCUCCAA